UAAGACAAAGGCUACGGGUGUGACUGUAGCAGCGCUAUCAGGUCCAGUGUCGACUUCGCCUCCCGCGGCUGCCGCCGCGCCGUCAGCCGCCGUUCUGCGUCGCGCCGUGUUGAUAUUAUUUGAAGUGGCGAACGAAAAGGAUGUAUGUAUACGUACGUCUCGUCUUUCAGUUGACUUUCAUCGUCGUUUUGUAGUGAACGUUUCGCACGGAUAUUGAUAGGAUAUUGCAUUAUCGCUACGUAAUAUAUUUCUGCGAUCGGCAAAACUGAAAAGGACUCAAAAAAAUACGUAAAGCCUUCGGAUUAUUUCCAACGUUGGAUUACAAGUGCCCUAGAGAAUUUUCUGAACAAAAAAUAGCGCUGGGAUAAAGCGUGGCGCAAUGCAGUGUAUGUUUGGAUGCGAAUUCAAACAGUGUUGUGCGAAAUUAAUACAGAGAGACCGCAGUCUAGUGAAUCGUACUAAAAAAUUGUGGUGUGUGCUGUAGCCAUGCUGCCAAUGGUGCAUACAGAGCCUGUGCUUUUCGAUUUCGGCGGUCCCAGCAUCGACGGAGCCGCAACUCCGUCACCCUCGGUGCCGCCCUCGCUCACGCCGCACUCGGAUGUUGACGAUCUUGUAGACAUUUUCUUUGACGUCGAUGUGGCCGUCAACACUUAUCCAAGAGUCGAUUCCAGUGACCUCCAACUGGGAGACACAUGGAGGGGGAUGCAAGGCAAGAUGAGCGUGACAGCGCCGGUUAAGAAGAUAAAGAGAAAGUCAGACAGUAAACCACAGUCGCAAGUAAAUAAGUGUAUUAACGAGAAACGGCGUCGGGAGCUCGAGAACGAGACCAUAAAUCAGUUGGAAGAGCUUCUGGGCACGUGCCUGGCGGAAGUGAAACAGCCGGACAAGAACGGCAUCGUCCGCGAGGCCACCCGCCAGAUCCAGGAGGUGCUGAACCGGCGCCGCGAGUGCCCGGGAGAGUGUCCGCUGCGCGCGCGCCUCGAGCCCGUGCAGGCGGGGGAGGUCAGCUCCACGCAGCCGCAGCCGCCGCCUCCGGGACAACACUAUUCCGAAACCACUACACUUAUUGAGGCUCUAAAACACUACACGAGCAGUCUUGGUUGGGUUUUACUGGAAAUUAAUGCAGAAGGCAAAAUCGUUUGUGUAACCGAGAAUAUUAAAGACUUCAUUCUGCAGGACAGAACCGAGUUAUACAAAAAAUCAAUCUUCUCGCUGUUGCAUGUCAGGGAUCACGCAAAAAUAAAGCCCUUGCUGAAGAACAUACAAAGUUUCGGCUGGUCCGCAGGAGACACUGACAAGUUUCAAGCUAUUCAAGCCCGACUCGCCAUCCAAAAUUCGAAUGGGACAGACGACGCUGAAUACGUGGAGGCAGUGAUCCACGCGGCGCCGGUGCGCGGCUCGCCGGCGGAGCAGGCCGGCUCCGUCAUGUGCGUCAUCCGGCGCUGCGAGGACGCGUCGGCCCUGCUCCCCGCGCCCCUGCCCACCGACGGCCCGCCCAGCCGAGCCGACAUCCACAACGACCAAAUCGUCUUCAGAUUGGACUCCAAUUUGGUUAUUUUAACUUGUGAUUUAAGUGGUGUGGAAGACUUAGUAGGUACACGUUAUUUGGAACUGGUUGAUCAAAGUGACCGCGUUCGCGUCGCCGCGCAUCUAAAGGGAGCCUCGGGGCUGACCGCGCCGCCGUCGAUCAGCGACCCCUUCCGGCUGCGGCUACACGAGCGCCGGCUGCGGGUCAUCGCGCAGACGCGCAUCUUCCGCGCCGACGCCGCCUCCGACGAGCACGACUUCAUCAUGUCCACGCACACCGUGCUCGACGACGACGCGCCGCUCGACGCCGGCCCGGCCACCUCCGGCGCCGGCGGCCCGCUGCUGCCCUCCGCGCCCAACGGCGAGGCCUACCGCCCCGCCGUCGGCUCCCCGGCCGACUUCAUCGCCAUCAACGACUUCGACAACGACCAGUGGUUCUCGGUGCCCAACUUCCCGAUGGGCGACAUGUCCGAGGAGUCGAAGGAGACGAAGGGCAGCCCGUCGCCGGGGCCGCUGACGCCGCUCACGCCGCGCACGCCCGCCACGCCGGACGACGCGCCGCCCGCGCCCGCGCCCGGGCCCGUCGGCCGCGAGGAGCGCCUGCGCUCGCUGCUCACCAAGCCCGUGGCCGAGGCGCAGGAGAACCGCCUGCUCAAGAACCUGCUCAAGCAGGACGAGGAGGACGGCACCUCGAGCGAGACGUCGGCGCCGCACACGCCGCUGACGCCGCACACGCCGCACACCCCGCACACGCCGGCCGCGCUCUCGCCGCACCACUCGCACACGGCGGGCGCGCGCGCGCUGCCGCACCACCCGCACCUGCCGCACGCGCCGCACGCCCCACACGCGCCUCACAUGCUGCAGUCGCAGAUGUCCAUGUCGAGCGCGCAGCUCCACACUCUUCAACCGCCUAUUAAUAAUAAUUCGGAAAUUUUAUCACGGAUAUUACACACAAAUUCGGACGAAGACGCUGAAGAGAACAGGAGAAAUUGCCAAGACGCGAAUCGGUCCUCACAAGUGUCGCAACCCAGUGCGCUUCUGACGCAACUUUUGGCGAACGGGCCGUCGAACAACGGCCGCUCGACAGACCCCGAGCGAGAUUACCUCCACGAGAGGCUUCAAGGGGUCAAACGGAAAUUCGAGGAGAACAAAGGUUGCCCGCCUAGUAAUGUUAAAAGGCCGACGUCUGAGAGUCAACAGGUGAGCUCGAGCGCGGCGUCCGCGCCCCCCACGUGCUCGUCGUCGGCGACGUCGCCGUCGACGUCGAGCGCGGGCAUGAGCCCGCUGUGCGCCAAGAACCAGAUCCUGGUGUCGCUGCUGGCGCGCCAGCAGACCUCGCCCACCACGCCCAUGCCGAUGCCCAACGCGCUGCGCAGCGCCUUCCCCGCGCAGCGCCCGCGCGCGCCGCCGCCGCCCAUGCCACAACGGCACCCGCCCACCAUCAGCAACAUGCUCGCCGCCAACAACCGUCCGAGCAACGUGAACGGCGGCGGCGGCAGCUCAGGGAUGGAGUGCGCGCCCAGCCUGGGCCAGAGCCACCUGCAGCUGGUGCUGCAGGGCGCGCCGCGCGGCUACCCCGCGCCCGCCAACCCGCCCGACCUGCACUACGCCACCACCGCGCCCGCGCACGGCUACAACCAGCCGCAAAGCGGCAGCAGUCGGCAAGGCGAGCGCGGCGACAGCGAGGUGCCGUGCGGCGACAGCAUGCUGUCGGCCAUCCUCGACGAGUUCAUCGAGACCAUGCCCGACGCCGACCGCAACGCGCCCGACGUAAGCGUGCUGCUGGACCUCGAGACCUACCAGCUCAAACCCGACUGCGCGGGUAUGAAAGAUAGCAAAGCUAUGAUCAAUGCAAUAAGACAAAGUCUUAUGCAGUGUGAAACCGUCACCAAGAGCCCAGUGUCGACCAGUUCCGGACCGCCGCCGCCUGUGUACUCCGUACAAAAUUUGGGCGGGGGGAGCAUGAGCGGCAGCAACACGGCCAUGUACAGCAUGAGCGGCGCGGGCGUGGAGUCGGCGCGCCGCGUCGGCGACCAGCAGCAGCAGAAGGCGCGCCUGCUGCAGCAGCAGUUGCAGCAGCAGAUGCUCGUGUCGCGUGAGGCGGCCGAGCAACCGCAGGCGGAUCUCGGCUCGGCGCUCGUGACGGGCGCACCGCCCAAUGUCACGUUACAGCGCACACCUGACUAUCACCGGCUGUAUAUAUCUCCCACUAAUCAAUUGGGAUCAAAUUAUGGUACAAAUAAAAUAACUUCGACGCAACAAAACCCGAUGUUAUCGCAACAAUUAACCGGGUCGCGGUACAGCGCGGCGCUGGCGGCGCACUCGGCGGCGGCGCUGCACACGCCCAUGUCGCAGCAGCCCUACCACCGCGCGCCGCGCCCGCAGACGAUGGGCGGCUACUACGACGAGGGCGUCGGCUACUGCGGCGAGUACGCGCACGCGCGCCGGCCGCCGCACGCGUCGCACGCGCCGCACGGCCCGCACGGCUCGCACCCGCCGCACGGCCCGCACGCGCCCAUGUCGCCGCACACGCCGCACCAGGUGCACCCGCCGCCCCAUGACCAGGUCUUGUCAUGCGCGGGCGGUGGCGGGCUGGGCGGCGUGAGCGGCGCGGGCGCGGCGAGCGCGCACGGCGCGGGCGCGGGCGCGGGCGCGGGCGGCACGUCGGAGUACGUGCGCAACGAGCUGCGCGCCGUGGUGGGCGCGCGCUCGGCGCGCCCCGACCUGCACCCGCACCUCGCGCCUGACCACGACCCGCUCAUGAGCUUCGACAUGUCCACGCAGAGCGGUGGCGGCAGUGUGGUGGCGGGCCGCGCGGCCUCGGCGGCGGGCCCGCAGAGUUGGGAGUCGCCCCAGAGCACCCCGGUAAGGCCGCCGCGGCGACUGCGGCCGGACAAGUAGUCGCUGCACUACUUUUGUAUCGGUUUUCAUUAUUUUUGUAGACUUAUCUGAAUACGUAUUGAGUCUGCCCCGCAGCGUGUGUUGUGUCGAUUCAAUCUGUUGAUACUUAGAUGCUGAAUUAGAGAAAUGUGCCAAACUUCUGAUGUGUUGCGUUUUCUAUGAGAAAUCGCGGUUGAUCGAAAGUGAAUUACAAUCUCGUAUGAAAUUAGCAUAACGCGAUAUUGGUACAUUUCUGAAAUUACUAAAUUACGCUUUUGUGAUGUGUUAUCUAUUCUUAGUAAACCAUGAUCUCUACUUCUGAUAGUGUCAGUCUUUCAAUACUUAAGUAUUUUCCAUAAAAUUAAAACUGUAAUGAGAUGCGCUUAAUUGUUAUGUUGUACAAGAAAAGAAAGCUUAGUGUUGAGUCCGUGGGGCACGAGGCAUGCGCGAGUGUGGUGGGGGUGGAGGGGGCGUGGCGUAGCGCGGAGCGUCCGCAGGUAUACUGUUGUGCGAUAGAAAAUGCUUAUUUGUCUGCUUCUCAAAUGUUCUAUAGCAUAAGAGCUAUUCAGUUUAUUCAAUUCUGUAGUAAAAGUGGUUUGAAAAUGCAUGAUAAUUCUCUGACGUUUUUAACUUCAUUUUUAAUAGAUACUUAAAAUAAUGGUAUUAAUAUUAAAUUGCUAUUAAAAUCAUUAAAAUUAAUAUUGUUGAGUUCGUGUAAGAUACCUAUAUACAUAAGAAAUGAGAACAAUCUUUGUGCAAAAUAAGAAAUAACCAAAGAAUAUAAUCAAAAAAUCUUCCAACAAAAUUGACGGAUUUUGAGAACAUAAUGAAUCUAAUGUUGUAAAACAUAGUAAACCCCAGUUUCAGUAAUUGCGACAGGAUGGUAUGUGGUAAGUCGGUAUGGAGUAGGUAGAGUUUACCUUUUUGGAGAAUGAUACCAGCUUGUAGAAGUAGAAAUAUUUUUGUUUUUAAUUAAAUUGUUCCAUUUCGUCAAUUUUGUUAGAAUUUAUAAUCAUUUGAGCAUCCGUUUAUAGUAAAUUCUGUUAAUCUUACAAUAGUGACUUGUAAAGUCGUCACAAUAUAUUACAAUCGUGACUAUACGAAUACACUACUCUUUUACAUAUUUUAGUAUAAUUAUACAUAUAUUUAUGUGUGUAACAUAAUAACAUAUUUGUCUAUUUAUGCAAAUGACAAUAUUCUAAACCGGCACGAAAAUAAUCAUAGAAUAGCUUAAUUUUAGUAUUAAUAUUUUAAGCGUAUCUUUAGUAUCAUAGUUUUUUGUAUACAGGGUGUAUUUUGAUAGC